AUGUCCACAUCAGGUGAUCACAAAUUUGAUGUUUGCGUUGUCGGCAGUUGUAAUGUUGAUUUAAUCAGUUAUGUGAAUCGUACACCGAAAAUUGGUGAGACAAUUGAAGGAAAUAAAUUUGAGAAAGGUUUUGGCGGCAAAGGUGCCAAUCAAUGUGUGCAAGCAGCGAAACUAGAUGGUAAAGUUGCCAUGAUUGGCAAGCUUGGUGAUGAUGUAUUCGGGCAAGAUUAUCUGGAGAAUUUGAAAAAAUUAGGAGUCAACACAGAUCAUGUCCUGGUGACGAAGGAGGCAGCAACUGGUGUUGCUCCAAUUAUUGUUGAUAAAGAAGGUCGAAAUUCGAUCAUUGUCAUUCUCGGUGCUAAUUUGUUAUUGAAUGAAGAUGAUAUUCAAAAAGCGGAAGAUGUUAUUCGUCAAUCGAAAGUUGUCGUUUGUCAAUUAGAAAUUCGGCAAGAAACUGUAGCGAAAACAUUCGAAAUUGCACGAAAACAUUCCGUUUUAACAAUUCUAAAUCCAGCACCAAUGUCGGAGAAGCUCGAUCGUAAUUUACUUAGAAUGGCUGACGUCAUUUGUCCCAAUCAAACCGAAGCAGAACUUUUGUGCGAUCGAUCGGUGGAGACCAUUGAAGAUGCUAAAGAUGCUUGUAGAAAGCUAUUGGAAUUAGGCAGUCGAAUCGCAAUUAUUACUAUGGGCGAACAAGGUGCUGUAAUCUUAGAUGAAAGUGGUCAAUGUGAACAUGUGAAGAUUGAGAAAUGUUCAUCGGUAUGCGAUUCAACAGGUGCUGGUGAUUCGUUUGUUGGAACUUUAGCUUUACUGAUGGCAAGUGAGAAGAAACUAGCAUUGAAAGAACAAGUUAAACGUGCAUGUCGUGUUGCAAGUCAAUCCGUUGAGAAGAAAGGAACACAAACAAGUUAUCCUUUAAAAGAUGAACUUCGAUUUAAUCUAUUCGAGUGA